UUAACCAUGUUGGAUUUUGACGUUGAACUUAACCCAACUUUUUUGAAAAAAAUACAAACCCGAGUUUAGAUUUGCUGAUUGAAAAUGUUUUAUGUUAUUGGACUAGGUUUGGGCGAUUGUAAGGACAUAACUGUGAAGGGCUUAGAAAUAAUAAAAAAAUGUGAUCGACUAUAUCUCGAGUCGUACACUUCUAUUCUAAGUUGUCCGGCAGAGGAAUUGGAAGAAUUUUAUGGUCAAAAACCCAUAAUAGCUGAUAGAGAAUUAGUUGAACAACAGGCGGAAGUGAUUUUAGAAGGAGCAAAUGAAAAAAAUAUUGCAUUUUUGGUUGUUGGAGAUCCUUUCGGUGCAACAACACAUACUGAUCUUAUUUUACGAGCUAAACAGAAUGGAAUUAAAGUUAAAGUUAUACAUAAUGCCUCCAUCAUGAAUGCAGUUGGAUGCUGUGGCUUACAGUUAUAUACUUUCGGUGAAACUAUAUCCAUACCCUAUUGGACUGAUACAUGGAAACCUGAUAGUUUUUUUGAGAAAAUUAUUGGAAAUUACAAAAGGAAUCUUCACACUUUAUGUCUGUUAGAUAUAAAGGUUAAGGAACCUACACUGGAAAGUUUAACAAAGAAAAAGAGAGAAUAUAUGCCACCCCUGUUUAUGAGUGUUAAAGAGGCUUCAAGGCAGUUAUUAGAAAUACUAAGAGAUCAGAAAAAUAAUGAAUCAGGAAUAACUGAAGAAAGCCUUUGUAUUGGGCUUGCAAGAGUUGGAAGCGAUGAAGAAAGUAUAAUAGCCUGUUCACUUAAAAAAAUGGCAGAGGUUGAUUUAGGUCCUCCUUUACAUUGUAUGGUUAUUGCAGGACCUACACUUCAUCCCUUAGAACUAGAGUAUGUAGAACAAUUUAAAAUAUGAUUUUAUAUAGAUUGAUAUACUUUGAAUGAUAUUUCUAUAUUUUUUCAUAGAAUAUAAUUUAUAUCCUUAA